UUUGCACUGGUAUAGGAGAACAGAAGGGACAAUUGAUUAUUUGGAAGUCAGCAUUUGAUUUCUGCUCCAGUGGCAUUGGUUGGCAUCAGGGUUUUUGACAUUCUUAUUUUAUUUUUCCAUGGCAAUACCACGAGUUGUUUUGGUCGCAUCAGUGGCCCGGUUUACAUUCGGUAAGGGGAUAGAGACGAUUGGUGGUUGUCCGAUGGAAAUCGGACAUGUUUUGCGCAGUAGGGCUUUUGCACCAUUGCUCAAGUCAGCGUGUGCCACAACACAUGGUCUUGAGAACAUGGCUGUUUAUACUUCACGUCACUCUCUCGCUCGGACCACUAGGGGUCAUGCUUGUUUUUAUGCGCUUUUAGUCCAUUGGUUGCUUGCAGCUGGGCUGGGGAGAAGCAUCACACUUAUGAGCCUUGUGGGUGCUUGCUCUUUCAGGCAGCGCGAGAGAAUUCGUGUUGGCACUCCGCCAAUAGUCACGGCGGAGAAAGUCAAUACGAGGGAAAAUCAGGGGAAGGCCCCAUCUUCAGGUAGAUGAUUGGCUCAAUACAAGUUUAUUGCCAACUUUAUUUCUCCAUGCGGCGCAACUCUGUUGACACGUGAUGUUGAAAUGUGCUGUUUCUGGAAGUCUUCCCCAAGCUUGUGGAAACCCACCGGUACCAUACAAAACGAGGCUUCAAAGCAUUGUGAUGCGCGCCAAUACCACGUCGACGGCUAUGUGCCUAGUUCGCAUCUA